GGCCAGGGCUGUCUCCGGCCAGCACGAGGUUCGGGCACAGCCGACUUCCAGGAGGGCGGAAGCCUGAAGCGUCGGAUUUCAGAGCGGGGCGGGGAGUCGCCCACGCAGCCGGCCGCCCGCAGCCCUGAUCCCGAGCAGGCGCGCGCCUUGGGCAUCUCCGGCCGCGGGAACGAGUGAAGGAUGCUGGGAAAGAGGUAACAUGGCCACCGGCGGCGGAGCGGAGGAGGAUCGACAGCGGGGCCGGCUGCAGCUCCCGCUGCCCGCGCGGCCCACAGCCCGCGCCGAGGAAGCCGAGGGCGUCCGCGAGAAGAUGGGCUGGGCGCAGGUAGUUAAGAACCUGGCGGAGAAGAAGGGCGAUUUCCGCGAGCCGCGGCGGCGCGACGACGCGGGCAGCGGUGCGAGUGGCGGGCUCUGCAGCCCCGCGGGCCCGGCCGCCCCGAACCCCGGCGACUUCCCACCCGCCAGCCGCGGGGACCCAAAGGGCCGCCGUCGAGACCCUGCGGGCGAGGCUGCAGACGCCUGCAGGAAGAAGGGCACGGGAGAAGCGAGUCGAAGGAAGAAGACCGAGGUGGCGGCGGCCAUGGCGACCCCCGCCAGGUCCGGGGCGACCGAAGACGCAACUGAGCGACCGCUACAGGACGAGCCGCCGGCCGCCGGCCCGGGUAAGGGCCGCUUCCUCGUGCGCAUCUGUUUCCAGGGAGACGAGAGUGCCUGUCCGACCCGGGAUUUCGUGGUGGGCGCGCUCAUCCUGCGCUCCAUCGGCAUGGACCCCGACGACAUCUACGCGGUCAUCCAGAUCCCCGGCAGCCGCGAGUUCGACGUGAGCUUCCGAUCCGCGGACAAGCUGGCCCUGUUUCUCCGCGUCUACGAGGAAAAGCGGGAGCUGGAGGACUGCUGGGAGAACUUUGUGGUGCUGGGGCGGAGCAAGUCCAGCUUGAAGACCCUCUUCAUCCUCUUCCGGAACGAGACCGUGGACGUGGAGGACAUCGUGACCUGGCUCAAGCGCCACUGCGACGUGCUGGCCGUGCCGGUGAAAGUGACCGACAGGUUUGGGAUCUGGACCGGGGAGUACAAGUGCGAGGUCGAGCUGCGCCAGGGGGAGGGCGGAGUGAGGCACCUGCCCGGGGCCUUCUUCUUGGGAGCGGAGAGGGGCUACAGCUGGUACAAGGGGCAGCCCAAGACGUGCUUUAAAUGUGGUUCCCGGACCCACAUGAGCGGCACCUGCACGCAGGACAGGUGUUUCCGGUGCGGGGAAGAGGGGCACCAGAGCCCUUACUGCCGGAAAGUCAUCGUGUGCAACCUCUGUGGCAAGAGAGGACACGCCUUUGCUCAGUGUCCCAAAGCCGUUCACAAUUCCGUGGCAGCUCAGCUCACCGGCGUGGCGGGGCACUGAACGCGCGUCUGGCCGCCGGGGCGAACACACAGCCAGCUUACCCUUCUUAAGUGCCAAAACUUUUUUUUUUUUUUUUAAAGACCUUUUCUUUCUUUUUAUCGUUUUGGAAGGAAAUAUUUUUAAAAUCUGAAAGAGACAUUCUCUCUAUGCCUUUUUAAAACCACAUGUGCUCCUUUCCAGCCUGUUUGAAACGGCGAAUUUUACCAAUAAGGACUCUUUGGAACUGUAGCGUGCAGAUACGUCGCCUGCCCCCCCCCCACUUUUUUUUCUCCCGUUUUGCAUUUGUUUUGGUACUUUCGCCAACACCCGGACCCCUUUGUACUUUUUACUACCUCCCUCCUCAUACAUUGCCUCCUUAGAAAAUUUUUGCCCUUUGGGCUGCCUUGCUCAUCUCUCUGCCUCAGUCGUGUCUCCCCCCCACCUUCCCCGUACAGAGCCCAACGCGGGGUAGGCACUCCACCAAGACUCGAAAAAGUCUCGACUGGCUUCGGUUAAGAGUGCCUACCUUCCGCAGCUCUCCGCUGGGCUCUUUUCAUUUGCUGCUUCUGUGAUACCAGAAUUUGUGAAAACAGUGUUGCUUAUAAACGUGUGAUCUGAGUAAGCUCAGAAUAGUGGCCACGGGCCUCUCAUUGGGGAGAAGCAUGUCUACUUUGUGACAGCUCCUUGCGGUGGCCCAGAAGCCGAUUUCUGCAGGAUCGUGGAGCCCAGGAAUUCCUGCUGGGAAAGACCCAAGAGGUGGUUUUUGUUGGAUUUUCUUUGGGGGAGGUUGCUUUUGUUUUGUGUUUUGAUGUGAGAUGGGGGUCUCACUGCGUAGCCCUGACUGGCUUGGAACUGGCUGCAUUGGUAGUCCAGGCUGGCUUCAAAUUUACAAUGAUCCUCUCACCUCCGCCUCCCUGAAAGGUGUUUUAAAACUAACCCCUUGAUUCUCCAGCAGAUGAAACGAACCCAGAGACGUUAAAUGACUGGGUCAAAGUACACAGCUGUGUGGUGCCUCAGACAGUCCAGAGUAAGAGUCCCUGACCCCCUAGCCCGGUGCUCACCCCCACUACCUCUCUCACUUGACCACAGUCUCCUCGACACUGGUGGGCCAAGGAAGUCUGCUCCCUCCAGGGUGGUGCCAGCAAGAAGCUGAGAAGCCAUCCCCUGAGAGGGCAGAAAGGGAAAGCUUGUCUUGCCACUCCAUAGUACUAGGAAGCAGGGAAAGGACCAGUGAACAGACUCAGCAGCCUGCAUCAGUCCUUGGAGGACCGCGUCUUACAUGUUCCAGGGCCUUCCCCUGCCACUGUCCUCAGUGAAAAAUGGUUCCCCUCUGUAAAGAAACUUGCCAGACGUUUACACUUGCACCUCUGCCUCAGCUGCUAGGACCCCUAGAGAAGCCAGAGAGCGCAUCCGAAACCUUGGGCCUCUGCCCCUCAGGAGAAAGCUGUUUUUAACCCGGAAUCAUGAGUGUUCUUGGGGAAACAGGCCAAGACAGAGGGCCUGGGUCCACUCAGUGUUCUUCAGUCGAAGUGAAAGGCAGUAACUGCUUUCUUCAGUUUUUGUCUUCUCUUUGCUGUUUUGCUAUUUCCUUGUGGCUUAGAAUGUAAAACCAAUUGUUCAGAUUUGUUCUGAAUAAAUAUUUAUCUUUCGUAUUA